AUCAGUUUAGCACAAUGCAAGAUCCCUGCUGCUACUUUCCAGCGAAAGAUGAUAUCCCUUCCUUCUUAAAUUACUUUAUGAUGUUGUAGUGUUUCAUCCGAGGAGCUGGUUCUUGUUUCCGUUGCCGGUUUCUAUCAGUGGGGAUAUUAGCAGGCUGUCUGUGGCUCUGUGCACCCAGCGGAUAAUGCAUCCGAUGCCUGUGUGCUCUGUUAGCUGUGGAGACAUAUUUGACUGUAUACAGAGAGGGAGUAUUGAACAGUGUAUACACUAUAUUCAGUAUGACCGAUCAGUCCUCAAACAUAAAGGCUGGGGUGGUUUCACACCACUUCACUACGCUGCCCUUCAUGGGAACCGGGCUUUGGUCGACCUUUUCCUUAGCAAUGGAGCAGACCCUAACCUGCCAUGUGAUUCAGGACAGACAUCCUUUCAUUUUGCCUGCAGACAAGGAAACAUCUACAUCAUACACCAGAUGAUGCAGUAUGGAGCUGAUUUGCGCCUCAUAGACCUGCAGGGUAAAACAUCUCUGCACCAUGCAGUCACUGGAGGAAGCAUUGUUGCAGUGCACUAUUUGUGGGAGACGGGGAUGUUCCGGUUCUCAGACACAGACAUGUACCAAGUGACACCGCUUCACCUGGCUGCAUCCACAGGCAACACAGAAGUGGCUCGGUAUUUGCUCAAAGACCAGAGAUGUGCUGUGGAUGCAGUUGACCAGCAGGGGGCGACAGCGCUUCAUGUAGCAGCAGAGAGGGGUGGAGUGGAGGUAUGCUGGACUCUGCUGCAGAGAACAGGGUGUGGGAUCCUCUACCAGAAGAACCACAGCGGUCUCACACCAUUGGAGCUCAGCAAACAGGGGAAAACAUUCAGACAUCAGCAACUCACCAAGCUACUGAGUCGGUACAUUAGGGAGCCGAUACACCACAAGCCCACAGAGUCUCAUGUUUUGUAUUACUGGACGGUGUUGUUCCCAGCCCUGAGUGGAGCCUCCAUCCUGCUAAUAGCUGCCAUGCUGGGGGGUUAUGGGGGGUUUAUCUGCAUGUUGCUAUUCCCCUGGCUGGCCCGGAGCAUCUUCACACAGUACCAUCGAAUGACCACUUACCAAAGGUUACCCAACCCGAUCUACUUGGGGACCCUCAUAGCUGGCUUGUUCCACUCCUUGCUUUGCUUCUACGGGAAAAUAAUGCCAAGCGUAUGGCCAACCACCGCUCUGGUCCAGGUGUCCAUGGUCCACUUCUCCUUAGUCCUUGGUUUGUUGUGUAAGGUUCUGACUCAGGACCCGGGGGCUCUGGACAGAGCAGACGCAGACCCUCGGUUCUCCUGCAUCGCUGACUUGGUGGAGCACAACCAGAGCCAUCACAGGUUCUGUCCUUACUGUGAGCUGUUUCCCCCUGACUUCACCAAACACUGCAAACUCUGUGACAUGUGCAUUAGAGACUACGACCACCACUGCCUUUUUCUCAACCGCUGCAUCGGACGGGGAAACCACCGCCUCUUCCUCUUCUUCAUCCUCUCCAUGGUGAUCGCCCAUCUCCUUUUUGUUGCCACAGCAACCAAUUACCUGAUUGACAAGCUGCCUGCAGGCAGUCACAGCUUGUCCAAGUGGCUCUCACUGUUCGCGCAGGAGUUCUGGGUUGUGGUCAUGAUCGUUAUGAACGCACUGACGGUCUUCUGGGAGGUGUGGCUACUGACUGAGCAGUUCGGCGCUGUCUCCACGGGAACGACCAUCUACUUCAGACAGUGUGAGAGCUCGGCGAAGGAGAGGUCACUCCUACAGCGCUGGGUCAUAGUUGUGGCGUAUCUGCUGGAGGGACGAAGACGGGUGGGCAGCGGAAACACAAGUGAUGAUAAAACUGCCAUGGAAAUUUAAAACUGUCACUUAGUUUUGUGUCCUGGUGAAUAGAAUAUUUUUACCUUGGCCCACUAACGAACAUACUUCACAGUAACUGUGCAUUCUUAGUUUACUGAGUCUUUGGUGUGCUCUCGUUCCUGAGAGAAUGUCCUCUUUACACCCAAUAAUUCUCUUGUGCCAUAAAAAGCUGCGUUUCCACCGCAGGAACUUUCACCAGGGACCAGCGACUUUAGCAGGUUCUCAGUGCCUUUCUACCCCAGGGACCAGGUCUGAAAUAGAGUCUGGGGGAUUAUACUUUAACCCUAACGAUGUCCCUGUUAGACAGGGUCGUGUGUGUCCAUACUUUUUUGACUUGGGUGGCCGAACUCGGGCACUGACAGGCAUUAAGUAAGUGUGCGCACACAUGAAUGAAAAGCAUCUGUUUACCCUGCCUAUCGCCACUGAUCAUAACUUCUCUGACUACUAAAAUGUUAGUAUCAAAAAUAUAUUAUAUUUAUUGUUCUUAUUAUUAUUAUAUUUAUCACUUAAAAAAGUGACAACAGGAUGUAUUAAAACAGUCACAAUGUAGGAACUAACAAAAUGAAAUUAGUGAAAUUGUAAUUUAAAGAAAGAUAUAAGCUGCAUCAUGUUCAUUUCUGAUUUUUAAUAUGGGAUUUAAUAGGGAUUCCUUGACUUUUGGGGUAAGCCUCAAGUGGAGACUCAAGGAACUGCAGUUUUUUGCACUUCAGCAUUAGCUUCUUUUUUUUAAAGGGUAUGCUUCUUGUUAGUAACACAUCCCAAAUAGUUUCUUUCAGCAUAAGUCCUGCCUUUGACAAGGCAAGUAGCCAAUCAUGCAUAAGGUUUUUAGGAAGGCACCAUUGGUAGCCAACCAGAUUUCAAAGGGACCCUUACACCUCCUCUGGAUACGCCCCUGUUAGUAGUUUUUAAAAUGCAGUGAUUUUAGGAUUGGUCUCGCAGCACUGAAGAGUUCUUCUUGGUGUUGCAGCCUUUAGAAGAGUCUUUUAUGUGUCAGAAGACGUAUUAAUAUGUCUAAUCUAUACAGAUCUGUUUGACUUUGUUACAAUGUUACAAUGUCAUUUAGCAGACGCUUUUAUCCAAAGCGACGUACAUACGAGAACAAGAACCACACAAGCAAAGAUCUAGACAAGAGGAAACAAGAUCAGUACGGGUAACAAAGUGCUUCAAGUCCAUUUGGAUGCAGGAACUGCCAAGCAAUGUAAAGGCAAUGCACAAAAGUAAAUAAGGUUGUUUUUUUUUUGUAAAAUAAGGAACAUCUACAAUAAAGCAACCAAACCAUGUAAGACUUUCUGUUAUCAUCAUCAACAAUUAACAUCCCCACAAUAAUGACCAAAGUACCAAGUGCUGGGUCACUCCAGACCUGAACACAGAUUCCCAGAGUAGAGCAGGACAGUGUGAGUCAAUUGGUGGAACUUCAGAACAAAAUGGGCAGGAGGAACCUUUUAAUCCCUUAAGUUUUGGUCCCUGGGACAAAAAGUUCUUGUUAACUUUGGUGGAAACACAGCUUAACAUGUUGUACUUGAACUUAAACGUGAAUACAUCUUGUUAUUUUAUUUUAAUGAGCCGUAGCUUAAAGAAUCAUUUGUUAGCAGAACUGUGCACUAAGUGGUUGGCCGGAUAACUACCACUAAAAAUUUUAAGUGUUGACUUAGUUUUAAGAGACCUGACUGAAUACCUUUAAGAUAACAGUGUUAUAUUUUAAGUGUCUGUUUACAUUGUUCUGUCUAAAUAACCAGAUAUUUGAAACUGUGUUCUAACAGGGAAUGAAUGAACUGCUGUUUUUAUAUCUCCCUAUAGCAUACUUUUUUAACAUUAUGCUUUAAAUAGAAGUGUUUGUUUAAGCUUAGGUCAAAGUUGUGAACAUGUGUGUGUGUUUUAAACAUUAGCAAGUCCUCUUUAUUAGUUAAUGGUUCCUAUCUGGUGCACUGAAAGUCUUUGUUCCUAAUGUAAAGUCAUUACCUCUCUGACCUGCUCCCAGCCAUUUCUGCCAUGACACUUCCUCUGCUCACGCUAAUGAGACACGCUCUUUUCAUGUCUUCAAUUAAACACACUCAUUUCCUUUGUGUCCCUCAGGACCACAUUUCUAGAUUAAAGAUGACAUUCCCCACACCCCUCAGAAGCUGGUGUGUCUGGACUAUGUGAGCGUAUACGUCAUGUGAUAUUAUUUAUGGUCUGCUGUAUUAUCUGUCCAGCAUAUGGAGUGCUUUUACUGUAUUUCUCUGUCCUGGAUCAGUAUUAUUCUGUUUAAUGGGCUGGUGAACUUUACACUGAACUAAUGUGUUUGACCUGUUUUGUUCUGUGUGAUGUUACCUCAUUUGUGUCAUGAUGAGUUUUCUGCUCUAGGAAAGAUAUGUUUAAUAAAUCACUGUAAUCUGCCACUUUGA